GGUGCUGCAGCUAUGUUGACUGGCGCCUCUUACAACAAAGCUGGUCUUAUGACCGCUCGCGCGUUCUUAGGGUUCUUCGAAGCAGCUUUCGGAGCUAGUGCACCGUACUUUCUAUCGCUCUUCUACCAACGCCAGGAGUUAGGCAAGCGUGUGGCUCUCCUGACAGGCAUGUCGCUAUUAGCGAACUCGCCAACCGUAUUAUGCGCAGUUCUUGUCUAUUGCUGUCUUCCCGAUUCUCCAGAUACCGCGCACUUCUUGACCGACGAAGAGAAGCUGCAGGCUCGUCAGCGACUUGCCACUGUUGAUCGGACAGAGAAGUUGAAAGUGAGCUGGACGCAGGUCUUUGCUGGCUUAACAGACUACCAGAACUGGGUUUAUGCCACGAUACACUUCUGCUGCAACUACUUAUUUGCUGCUUUGUCGAACUUCUUGCCGACGAUCGUCCGCGAUAUAGGCUACAGUUCGGUCAACGCACAAGGCUUGACAGCGCCUGCCUACUUUCUUGCCUUCUUGUGCUGUAUGUUCGCUGCCUGGGGCUCUGACAGGUUUGGCAAGCGAGGUUGGUUUGUCGCUGGUUUUGCAACCAUAGGUACCGUGGGCUACCUGAUGUUGGCAGCGAUUCAAGACAAGACUAAGACAGGACCUCAUUACGCGGCUAUCUACCUCGCGACAUGCGGCAUCUUCCCUGCAGGCGCGGGUCUCGGUAUCCUGGCGACGUUUAGACAGUGCUCGUCUUUUGUCAGCAGCACUCUGUUCCCAUCUCGUGACGGGCCAUUCUACGUUACAGGUUGCGCUGUUAGAUGUGCUUUUAGUGGGUUAGCGGUGGUCUUAGCUCUUAGUCUGCACUAGAAGCUAGAAAUCGAGAACCGCAAGCGCGAUCGCUUGUACGGCGAGGUAGACACGGACGCGCACGUGAAUGUGACUAAUAGCGG